GCGCGGGCCUCGGCGGCGGCCGCCACUGCCGUCGGGGAAGGUCCCAGCGCGGACAUGGCCUCUCGCGGCGCCUGCCCGGGGCGGGUCUCCCCGAGCCGCGCGCAGUAGUUCCGCCCAGAGCGGCCCCGACGGUGCGGACAGCGCAGCCUGCCCGGCGGCCGGCAUGGAGGCGGCGCACCUGCACCCCGCCGCCGACGUGCUGCGCCGCUUCUCCGUGAGCGCCGAGGACGGCCUGAGCCCCGCGCAGGUGACCGGCGCGCGGGAGCGCUACGGCCCGAACGAGCUCCCGACUGAGGAAGGGAAGUCCCUGUGGGAGCUGGUGCUCGAGCAAUUUGAGGACCUCCUGGUGCGCAUCCUGCUGCUCGCUGCCCUGGUUUCCUUUGUCCUGGCCUGGUUCGAGGAGGUUGAGGAGACCACGACAGCCUUUGUGGAGCCCCUGGUCAUCAUGCUGAUCCUCGUGGCCAAUGCGAUCGUGGGCGUGUGGCAGGAACGCAAUGCCGAGAGCGCCAUUGAGGCCCUGAAGGAGUACGAGCCUGAGAUGGGCAAGGUGAUCCGCUCAGACCGCAGUGGUGUGCAGAGAAUUCGUGCCCGGGACAUCGUCCCUGGAGACAUUGUGGAGGUGGCAGUGGGAGACAAAGUGCCCGCCGACCUCCGCCUCAUCGAGAUCAAGUCCACCACACUAAGAGUGGACCAGUCCAUCCUGACGGGUGAAUCUGUGUCCGUGACCAAGCACACAGAUGCUAUCCCAGACCCCAGAGCUGUGAACCAGGACAAGAAGAACAUGCUCUUUUCUGGCACCAACAUCGCAUCCGGGAAGGCAGUGGGUGUGGCGGUGGCCACAGGCCUGAACACAGAGCUGGGGAAGAUCCGGAGCCAGAUGGCAGCGGUAGAGCCAGAGCGGACGCCACUACAGCGCAAGCUCGAUGAGUUUGGGCGACAGCUGUCCCGUGCCAUCUCUGUGAUCUGCGUGGCGGUGUGGGUCAUCAACAUUGGCCACUUUGCUGAUCCGGCCCAUGGCGGCUCCUGGCUCCGAGGUGCUGUCUACUACUUCAAGAUUGCUGUGGCCCUGGCUGUGGCUGCCAUCCCUGAGGGCCUCCCGGCUGUCAUCACUACAUGCCUGGCACUGGGCACACGGCGCAUGGCACGCAAAAACGCCAUCGUGCGGAGUCUGCCCUCUGUGGAGACCCUGGGCUGCACCUCGGUCAUCUGCUCCGACAAGACAGGCACACUCACCACCAAUCAGAUGUCUGUCUGCCGGAUGUUCGUGGUCGCCGAGGCCGAAGCUGGCUCCAGCCGUUUGCACGAGUUCACCAUCUCGGGCACCACCUAUGCCCCGGAGGGCGAAGUGCGCCAGGGGGAGCAGCUGGUGCGCUGUGGGACGUUUGACGGACUGGUGGAGCUGGCGACCAUCUGUGCCCUGUGCAAUGACUCCGCGCUGGACUACAACGAGGCCAAGGGCGUGUAUGAGAAAGUGGGAGAGGCCACAGAGACGGCUCUGACUUGCCUGGUGGAGAAGAUGAAUGUGUUCGACACUGACCUGAAAUCCCUGUCCCGGGUGGAACGAGCCAGUGCCUGCAACUCGGUCAUCAAGCAGCUGAUGCGGAAAGAGUUUACCCUGGAGUUCUCCCGAGACCGGAAGUCCAUGUCGGUGUAUUGCACACCCACCCGCUCUGACACGGGGGCCAGGGGCAGCAAGAUGUUUGUGAAGGGGGCUCCCGAGAGUGUCAUUGAGCGCUGUAUGUCAGUCCGAGUGGGGAGCCGCACUGUACCCCUGAACACCACCUCCAGGGAGCAAAUUCUGGCCAAGAUCCGGGACUGGGGCUCCGGCUCAGACACACUGCGCUGCCUGGCUCUGGCCACCCGGGAUGCGCCCCCAAGGAAGGAGGACAUGCAGCUGGAUGACAGUAGCAAGUUUGUACAGUAUGAGAUGGAUCUGACCUUCGUGGGCUGUGUGGGCAUGCUGGACCCGCCGCGGCCUGAGGUGGCUGCCUGCAUUGAACGCUGCCGCAAGGCAGGUAUCCGUGUGGUUAUGAUCACAGGAGACAACAAAGGCACAGCUGUGGCCAUCUGCCGACGGCUGGGCAUCUUUGGGGACACAGAGGAUGUGGAGGGCAAGGCCUACACGGGCCGAGAAUUCGAUGACCUCAGCCCCGACCAGCAGCGCCAUGCCUGCUGCACAGCCCGCUGCUUUGCGCGUGUAGAGCCAGCACACAAGUCCCGCAUCGUGGAGAACCUGCAGUCCUUUAAUGAGAUCACGGCCAUGACUGGAGAUGGGGUGAAUGAUGCCCCAGCCCUGAAGAAAGCAGAGAUUGGCAUCGCCAUGGGCUCUGGCACAGCUGUGGCCAAAUCUGCAGCAGAGAUGGUACUGUCAGAUGACAACUUUGCCUCCAUCGUGGCUGCGGUGGAGGAGGGUCGGGCUAUCUACAGCAACAUGAAGCAAUUCAUCCGCUACCUCAUCUCCUCCAAUGUUGGCGAGGUUGUCUGCAUCUUCCUCACGGCAAUUCUGGGUCUGCCUGAAGCCUUAAUCCCUGUGCAGCUUCUCUGGGUGAACCUGGUGACAGAUGGCCUACCUGCCACAGCUCUGGGCUUCAACCCGCCAGACCUGGACAUCAUGGAGAAGCAGCCCCGAAACCCUCGUGAAGCCCUCAUCAGUGGCUGGCUCUUCUUCCGAUAUCUGGCUGUUGGAGUGUAUGUAGGCCUAGCUACAGUGGCUGCUGCCACCUGGUGGUUCCUGUAUGAUGCUGAGGGACCUCACAUCACCUUCUACCAGCUGAGGAACUUUCUGAAGUGCUCAGAGGACAACCCUGUCUUUGCCGGCGUUGACUGUGAGGUCUUCGAGUCCCGCUUCCCCACAACCAUGGCCUUGUCCGUGCUGGUGACCAUUGAGAUGUGCAACGCCCUCAACAGCGUCUCGGAGAACCAGUCGCUGCUUCGGAUGCCGCCCUGGUUGAACCCUUGGCUGCUGGCGGCUGUGGCCAUGUCCAUGGCACUGCACUUCCUCAUCCUGCUUGUGCCACCCCUGCCACUCAUUUUCCAGGUGACCCCACUGAAUGGGCACCAGUGGGUAGUGGUGCUCCAGAUAUCUCUGCCUGUCAUUCUGCUGGAUGAGGCUCUCAAGUACCUGUCCCGGAACCACAUGGACGGCAUUCUCAGGACAGUCUCCCAGACAUGGAGUGGGCAGCUGCUGACCGCCUCCCAGACCCCAGACCACACCGGAAGUAAAGGACCGGAAGUGAGUGCCAGGGCCAGAGUGGAGUCUCCCGUGUGUUCGUCAGACUAAUGGUGCCGAAGCGUUCACCCUUAGUCCCUGCCCUUCACCACGCUGAUCCGCUUGCUCACCUCGCCCCGCUGAGGUUGGAACAGCUGCCCCAGGCCUGGUCCUGGGGUGUCUGCCCUAGAUCUGCCUGCCUUGGGGCUCUACUGCAUGUCUCUGGCACUCUCCUGGGGAGUUCACCCUUGAAGCUCUGCCCAGGAGCAGCGACCUGUGAGGGGCCUACCCAGAAGCCAGUGCUGGCAGCAGAUCCAGAGAUGCAGAGCCCUCCACCCAACGCCCUGUCCACGAGCACACGCUGGAGCCCGCCCCCCCUCACCUGGAGGCUGGGCGUGUCCCUGGUGACCAUUGCCUCUGCACUGAUGGAGGACACCUGGGGACCACUCUGACCUUUCGUUUAGUGCCUGGUCUGGGGCCUUGCCACCAGGGGUAGAAGGGGGACAUCUGGGCCCAGCUGUGCACAGCAAGAGUGAGCAGCCCCCUCCACUCUGCUGUGCUUCCACAAAGUCGGCUUGUGAGAGCUUGAGUCUGUUCCUGUUUAUAUGUGCAAUGGGUUGAAGGGUCAGAGUGAGGGACACAGGAGUGGGGGAGGGGAACUGGGCAAGCACCUCCUUCCCAGGGAGUCAGCCCAGCCUCUCUCCUCAACUCCACGCACUCCCCGACUCAGGUUUCUCUGUCCUGUGCAAACUAGACUGACCUGCCUUCUCCGGAUUCCCUGGUCUGCCAAGCAGAAGUUGCAUUUGCCUUCCUGGCACCUGAGACUCCAGGCCUUCUUGGGUUGCUGGCCACUAUGCCCUUCCACCCUGUUGCAGCGCAAGGCCACCUCAUCUCAAGGUCUGCACGGCUGGGUGAUUCUGAGUCCCAGGGAUUCUGGACCUCAUUCUGCCCCCAACCCCACAAACCAGGAACUGAAAGGAUGUCACUAAGAAUAGCUAGUUACCCGAGGGCCGUCUUCUCCCUCCCUGCUGGAGCUAUGUGUGUCCUUAUGGAUCAUGCCAGAUGAUAGAAAAAGGACAUGUGAUGAACAGAAAUGUUCUCAACUCAGCUUUUGCCCCUUUGGCAAAAAUUAGCUAGGUGUUAGAAGACAGUAGAAGAUCAUGCCCCUCCUAAAGAGUGUACAAAAUGAUUAUUUUAUAUGUAAAUCAAUCCCCUGCAGUCUUUAGGACCCUGCCCACCUCUAUCCAGGUCUGCAGGAACUGCAGAGAUUCUGGGGUUUUUUUCUCUGCUGGGAGAAAGGGACGUCAUAGCAGGGGCCUGAGUUCUGUACCCAUCUGCUGACAUGCGAUUUGGUAUAGAAAUAAAGGUUAACCACCUAGGGCUA